AUGAACCAGCUCAUCACCGUUAGAGAGAGGGUUAUUUUAUUGACCAAAGAGGUAUGGCCCAGGGUAGGUGUAGAAGUGAUAUUGUUGCUGGGGACAUAUCACCGCUUAAAAGCCCAGCAAAAAAAGGUACCCUAUCCUGGAUUGAUAAUAUCAGGAAUUACAUUCCAUACGCCAUUCUUAAGAUGUAAUGAUCUGAUUGUUUUAGCUGUUUUGCGACUACUAAUCAAGUACGCCUACACAACAGAGUCUGACUACGGAAAGUUUACCAUUAGCUAUGUUAUGAGUACUCCUACCGGUGAAGUAUCCUUUACAAUAAGUAAUGCUAUUCCAUUUAGAGAAGAUGGUCAAGAUUUACCUUAUCCUUAUACUUUGAUAGAUCAACUUGUCAGGCAGAAAGCAGAGGAUUAUGACGGCGCUGAGAUCUCUAGCAUAUAUAUUCGAAUCUAUCUUUCUGAACUGAAGUCAAGUGCAAUGCCAUAUAUAUCCGAUGACGAUAUUGCUAGCAAGAUCUGGGAAAGCUUCAACAAUAAGGAGACCUUCAAGCCUAGAGAAGCGAGAAAGAUCGGCCAUAGUAAGCGUUGUUACCCUAAGCAUAUCACUGCACUCAAAGCUAGUUCAAGUCAAAGGCAGCCAUUCAUUGUAGCCGAUAUAGAGACUUUACUCAUAAAUGAUGUCCAUGUACCUUACGCAGUGGGGUUCAUGGUAGUUAGACCUGGUGAUUAUCUAUCUUCAGAGACUGACUACGGCAUUCUAAUAUAUUUUAGUGAGGAUUACCCUGAUAUAGUAUUUUCAAGCUUUGAAGAACGAAGCAAUAAGCUCUUGUUCGACUUUAUAGAACGUAUAGUAGUAGUAGUUAAAAAAGAUCCUUCGAUAAAAGUAGUUUACUUUCACAACUUCUCACGAUUCGAUGGAAUUAUUCUAAUGAAAUUUAUAGCAACUCAUGGUGUGAAGUACACGUUCACACCUCUUAUGAGGAAUAAUCGUCUUUACGAGUUAUCAGUCUAUCAUGGUAAGAAGCUGCUAUUCCGUCUAAGGGAUUCCCUCACACUGCUGCCGAGUAGUCUUGAUAACUUAGCUAAAAAUCUCUGUCCUCACUUAGGGGUUAAGGGAUCUAUCCCACAUGAGAAUGUGCAAGUGUCGAAUCUGAGCCAACUCAGAGAUCAAUUGAUAUCAUACCUGAAACAGGAUAUUCGUUUGUUAGGCGGUGUGAUGCUGAAAGCACAAUCUAUUUAUUUUGAUGAGUUCAAAGUGGAUAUCGUGACUAAAUUGACCUUAUCUUCGCUAGCUCUCUGUAUUUAUCGUACUAACUUUUACGAUCCUAAUACAUUUCCUAUCCAUAUCCCAAAUCGUAACGAAGACAGUUUUCUUCGUCGUGCUUACUAUGGGGGCCAUGCUGAUACUUAUCAACCUAAAGGGGAAAAUCUAGAUUAUUACGAUGUGAACUCUUUAUAUCCGUAUAUCAUGAAAACAUUUCCUAUGCCUGGGGGUAAGCCUGUCUGGCAUGGUAAAUUAGAAGGUCAGGAUAUAGACCGCUUGUAUGGAUAUUUUGAGGCUCAUAUUGUCUGUCCUCCUACUAUUAAGAAACCUUUCUUAGCCUAUAGGGAUAAUCUAAGUAAAACGAUAGUCUUCCCAACCGGGGAAUUCGUGGGUGUGUAUUUUAGCGAAGAAUUGAAGUAUGCGCGCGACAUAGGCUACCAGGUUACUCUUAUCUCAGGCUACAGCUUUGAAAAGAUGAAUAGCCCAUUCGAGAGCUUUGUAAAUACUAUUUAUGAUAAAAGAAAAGAUGCAAAGAGAACGGGUAAUGAUGCUAUGGCUUAUGUUUACAAGAUACUCAUGAACUCACUAUACGGUAGAUUUGGUAUAAAUCCUAAAUGCACGAUCACUGAGGUCUGCGAUCUUGAUCGAUAUAACCUAUUGACAAAGAUAAGUGAUUACAUCUUUGCGGACAAGCUUAGCGAACAUUACUAUAUCGUCACUUACUGGAGCAAUACCGGACAGGUCUCCGACUCUGACUGGUGUCCUCCAAGGAUAUCAGCUGUUCAAUUGGCUGCAGCUGUCACAGCAUGUGCUCGGAUUCAUAUGUAUCCCUACAUUUCCAGACCAGACUCUUACUACACUGAUACUGACUCAGUCGUUCUUGGUAGUCCUCUUCCUGAAGAAGAUGUAUCAUCAACUGAAUUGGGGAAGUUUAAGUUAGAAUACUAUGCUCUUGAAGAGAGAAUGGAAGAUACUCUCAAUAGGACAAGCACCCAAUACCUCGUCGAGUCCAAAGCUCCAGCUCAAGCAGUUCAGUCCAAAAAAGAGAUGUCUGCCUUCGUUCUCGCUCAAGCUAAAGCUCAGUCUGCUAACUCAAGUCGCAAGUCAAGUAGUGGAGAUCCCGUGACAGACAGAAAGAAGAGUUAG